AUGACAAACUCCCUUUCCGUUCUUGCUAGCUUGGUGGACGGCGCAUUGGACUUUCUGAGCACUGCUAUUGUCUGGGUGACAACAACCCUCAUUCAAAAAGACGACCGCUAUCAAUACCCCAUCAGCAGACGUCGAUUGGAACCCCUAAGCGUGUUGGUCUUCGCUGUGGUGAUGAUGACCUCCUUUGUCCAGGUGGCCAUCACAUCCUUCACUCGGCUGAUCUCCAACGAUACAACCCUAGUCAAUCUAACGAUACCUUCGAUUGCGGUGAUGGCCAGCACCGUAGUCGUGAAACUCGCCUGCUGGUUCUGGUGUCGAUUAAUCAAGAACUCGAGCGUCCAAGCCCUGGCACAAGAUGCCGAAACAGAUGUGGUGUUCAACUUGUUCAGUAUUCUCUUCCCUCUGAUCGGCUCUUUCUUCAAACUAUGGUGGGUCGACUCCCUUGGCGGUCUCCUCCUCUCAGUCUACAUUAUAUGGAACUGGAGCGGAACCGCAGGCGAGCAUAUUCGCCAUCUCACAGGAGCGGCCGCAUCUCCCAUCGACCAGAGCGUUCUACUCUACAUGACCAUGCGGUUCUCCAAAGCCAUCCUCAAGAUCCAGAACCUGAGGGCCUAUUAUGCCGGAGACCUCUUGAACGUCGAAGUAGACAUCAUCCUGGAAGGGAAGACCCGGCUGCGCGACGCCCAUGACAUCGGCGAGAGUCUACAGUACAUGAUCGAGAGUGUCCCCACGGUCGACCGUGCCUUCGUACACAUGGAUUAUGAUCCGUGGAACAUCCCCACCCAUUUGAACCAGCAGGCUCAUUAG